GGCGCGACGCACGCUGGGACCGGAAGUGCAGGCGGGGGCGGGGCGUGGAGUCCGACAGCUACCGUGCGGUCCGAAGCCUCCGGUGUCGGCGGGAGCGAAGCAGCCGGGCCAUGGGUCUUUUGUCGGACCCGGUGCGCCGGCGCGCGCUCGCCCGCAUCGUCCUGCGGCUCAACACGCCGCUCUGUGUACUGAGCUACGUGGCUGGCAUCGCCUGGUUCCUGGCGCUGGCCUUCCCGCCACUGACCCAGCGCACCUACAUGUCGGAGAACGCCAUGGGCUCCACCAUGGUGGAGGAGCAGUUUGUGGGCGGAGACCGUGCCCAGGGCUUUGCCCGGGACUUCGCGGCCCACCAGAGGAAGUCGCGGGCUCUGCCGGUGGCCUGGCUGGAGCGGAUGAUGCGGUCAGUAGGGCUGGAGGUCUACACGCAGAGUUUCUCCCGGAAGCUGCCCUUCCCGGAUGAGACCCACGAGCGCUUUAUGGUGUCAGGGACCAAUGUGUAUGGCAUCCUGAGGGCUCCACGAGCUGCCAGCACCGAGUCUCUGGUACUCACUGUACCCUGUGGCCCAGACUCCACCAAUAGUCAGGCUGUGGGGCUGCUGCUGGCACUUGCUGCCCAUUUCCGAGGGCAGAUUUACUGGGCCAAAGAUAUCAUCUUCCUGGUAACAGAACACGAUCUUAUGGGCACUGAGGCUUGGCUUGAAGCCUACCACGAUGUUAAUGUCACAGGCAUGCAGUCAUCUCCCCUGCAAGGCAGGGCUGGAGCCAUCCAGGCAGCUGUGGCCCUGGAGCUGAACAGUGAUGUGGUCACCAGCCUAGAUGUGACUGUAGAGGGACUCAAUGGUCAGCUGCCCAACCUUGAUCUGCUCAACCUCUUCCAGACCUUCUGCCAGAAAGGGGGGCUGCUGUGUACACUUCAGGGCAAGCUGCAGCCCCAAGACUGGACGUCACUAGAUGGACCAUUGCAGGGCCUGCAGACGCUUCUGCUCAUGGUGCUGCGGCAGGCCUCUGGCCGACCUCAUGGCCCUCAUGGCCUUUUCUUGCGCUACCGAGUGGAGGCCCUGACCCUACGUGGCAUCAAUAGCUUCCGCCAGUACAAGUAUGACUUGGUGACGGUGGGCAAGGCCCUAGAGGGUAUGUUCCGCAAGCUCAACCACCUCCUAGAGCGCCUGCACCAGUCCUUCUUUCUCUACCUGCUGCCCGCCCUCUCCCGGUUCGUCUCCAUCGGUGUCUACAUGCCUGCCACUGGCUUCUUGCUCCUGGUCCUUGGACUCAAGGCUCUGGAGCUGUGGAUGCAGCUACACGAGGUUGGAGUGUCCCCUCAGGAGGCUGGGGGAAGCCCAAACCCUGGGCCCCCACUUCCAGGAGCACAGGGUGUAAGCCUGGCCUCACUUCUAGCACCUGUACUGAUCUCUCAGGCCAUGGGCUUGGCCCUCUACAUCCUGCCUGUGCUGGGCCAACAUGUAGCUGUCCAGCACUUUCCAGUGGCUGAAGCUGAGGCUGUGGUGUUGACACUACUGGCAAUUUACGUAGCUGGCCUAGCCCUUCCGCACAAUACCCACCGCGUGGUAAGCUCACAGGCCCCAGACAGAGGCUGGAUGGCAUUGAAACUGGUGGCCCUGAUCUACUUAGCACUGCAGCUGGGCUGCAUUGCGCUCACCAAUUUCUCAUUGGGUUUCUUGCUGGCCGCCACCAUGGUUCCUGCUGCUGCACUCACCAGUCCUCACGGACCCCGGCCAUUCUAUGCUGCCCUGCUGAUGCUGACAAGCCCUGCAGCCAUACUCCUGGGUAGCCUGUUCCUGUGGCGGGAGCUGCAGGAAGUACCCCUGUCACUGGCCGAGGGCUGGCAGCUCUUCCUGACAGCAUUGGCCCAGGGUGUACUGGAGCAUCACACCUAUGGUGCCCUGCUCUUUCCAUUACUGGCCUUGGGCCUGUACCCCUGCUGGCUGCUCUUCUGGAAUGUGCUCUUCUGGAAGUGAAGUCUGCUGCCUGGGCAUGUAGGUUGGGGCAAGGAUCCCCAAGCCUGUGGGGCUGGGAUCCCCAAGCCUGUGUUCUACCUCCUGAGGAAUAAACAAGUGCUGUUCCUGUUCUUUGGGAUCCUGGCUACUGUCCACUCUCAGAGCUCCAGUCAUGGACAUUCCUGCUCAGCUUUCUGAAGGAACUGCUCAGAUGCCUCUCUCCUGCUGGCAGAAGUGGCCUGGCCCCAUCAGCAUCUGGAGGAGGGCCUCAGGUGGACCCCGUGAAGGGGCAAGUUGCAGACCUAGCUCAACCUGAAUACUCAGCCCUAGAGGGUGGUCAGGCCCAGGGACCCCCAUGUGCAGCUGUCCAGGGCUGUGCUAGAAAUGAUUCUGGGAAUGAAAUAAUGUACAGCCAAGGCUUGAGGGCCUGACAAGAGCUGAGGCACCCAGAGA